AUGAAAGUUUAUGACGGUUUGGGUGAGCGAUCGUCGAUCGCCGUGGUUAACCACUUUAUGGCGCUCGCUAACUUCGCCAUUUCGGUGGAGGACAGAGGAAGGCGAAGAACCUCGAUCGACCCACCGGCCACUCCGACGAAUCGCCGUGCGAGCGCGACGGUGAAACGUUGGCUUGGCGUCGAACGUUGCCGUGGUCGUAAACGCGUCAAUUAUGAAUUUAAAGUGAUCCAAAACUGGUUUGUCGUUUCGUGGAAUUCACUGGCUUGUAAAAUGGCCCAAACGAUGAAUGAAAAGCUUCACAAAGACCGAAACGCGCCGUACGUCGUCGUUUGCGGCGUUUCUGUGCGCGACGCUACGAUGGCAACGACGGUGAUCGAUUUCACACCGAAAGGGAACGAAGGAUGGGAAGACGGUGGUUGGUCGUCGUCGAUCGCCGGUUCGGUCACUGGGGGAGGCGGCCAUGUUCUUUUCUUCAAGCGUUGCGCAAUCGCCGCUUCGCCGGCAGAUGACCGAAAACGUCGGCUUAAUCUUAAUCCCACCUUUGAUCUGCUUUCUUGUGAUUUACAGCGGAUCCCCGGUGACACGCCGUUGUUUAUGCGCCUACCAGAGCGAUUCGUCAUUUCUUCCGCUAAUGGCGUUCGUUUUUGCAAAGUGACACUUGACAGCGCCGCGGUCGACAAGCGACCGCCGGUGCGCGCGCUCUAUCAUUUCCUGUACUACCGUAAUCCCGAACAACUCCCUGCCCCUGCCCGUCGUGGCUUACAGUCGCCGUUUGCUCGGACGACGGCGGCCACCCAGCUAGCGGGAGGCCGGCCAUUUUCCAUCGGUUCAACUUCAAAGACUGGUCGUUGCCAAAAAUCGGGGUGGACCAAAGUGAAGAAGAAUAAGAACAGGCGGCGACGAGUAGUGAUCAGCCUGCUUGAAGCAAGGCAGAGGAACGGCGGCGAGAAAAACAGCAGAGGUUCCACCGCCGUCGUCGUCAUGAAACAUGCAAUCAACGGACGGAGGAGCGUCAAGUUGGUUUGA